AACUGGUUGCUUGCAACUUCCCUGCGUUGAGUUUACUUGGAGACGAAGAAGGCGGAUUAAAGCUGCAUGGUAAUACCAUAGGACGGUUUCAUUUGCAAGCUUUUAUUCGAUCUGUAAAUCGUUUUCCAGCUUGAAGAGCUUGUUAAUAGAAGCAAGGCGUAUUAAGUGUUACAGAAGAACACUCAUUGGAGUUUGCUUAGCUGCAUCAUCGGUGCAUAAAACUCAGUCUACCUAAUUGCAAUUGCACUUGUUGUUAAAAGGGAACAUUAAAAAUGGGUUUACUGUCACUUCUAAGGAAGCUUAAAAGUAGAGAUAUACAAGAUAUGAGAAUAUUGUUGCUUGGAUUAGACAAUGCUGGAAAGACUACUAUAUUGAAAGCAUUAGCAUCUGAAGAUAUAAGUCACAUCCAGCCAACCCAGGGUUUCAACAUAAAAUCUGUGCAGUCUGCAGGAAUUCGAUUGAAUGUAUGGGAUAUUGGAGGCCAAAGACGGAUACGUCCAUAUUGGAAAAACUACUUUGACAAUACAGAUGUUCUGAUUUAUGUCAUAGACAGUGCUGACAGAGCAAGAUUUGAGGAAACUGGCCUUGAACUUCAAGAAUUGCUGGAAGAACCAAAAUUAGCUGGCGUUCCUGUUCUUAUAUUUGCAAACAAACAAGAUUUAUUGUCCGCUGCUAGGCCCUCUGAUAUCGUAGAUGGCUUGAGCCUGACAUCGAUAAAAGACCGAGCGUGGCAAAUUCAACCUUGUUCCGCUACCACAAAGGAAGGCUUAGAGCAUGGUCUCGACUGGAUUCGAAAGAACGUCAAAUAGAGGUCAUUUUACAAGAAAGGCUCUUCCGCAUUGAAAACAGUAGCUCUACAAUUAACCUUUGGACAGCGAUGAAAAAAAUUGCUUGAGUGUUCCUAACGCCUCAUUUUAGUUAUAAAAUAUUGUAUGAAGUAUGCAAAGCAUUAAUGAUUUGGGUCAAGUUGUUCAUACAUCCAUAAAAGCAAUGGGUUGCUUUUCAUCGUUAUUUUGGGGGUAGCAAUCUAAGCGUAUAAUAUUCUGUUUAAACAGUAAGUACAAUUAGCUCUGGAUCAUGUUCUUUUGUGCUUGAAGUAUUUCAGGCUAGAGACUAGAUAUUAUUUUCAGGUCCAUUUGUGGCUUAAUCGUGUACCUGGCUUAGUAUUUAAGUCAGUAUCUCUUUUUGUCACCACGAUAGAACUUAUCUUCCGACUUGAAUGUUAGCGCACAUGACUUAUCUUUAUAAUAAUAUUUUUACUUGAAAACAUA